GUUAGUCUCUUAUACUCGUCUCUUCCUCUCCUCCCCGCUAACAUACUUGAGCGAGCUGUGGAGUUCGAAAGGAGCAAACAAACAGAACCGGAAGAGAUCGUGUUGUUUCGGUGGUGCGAAUGGGGAAGAUGGAGUACCUGGCGAUGAAGACGGAGGAUGGGCCGGCGGCGGCGAGCAUCGAGUCGGACCUGAGGGAGCUAGGCCUCGCCGCCCGAAAGCUCGCCAACCACGCCAUCAAGCUUGGCGGCGGCAUCGGAUUCGGCACCACCUUCCUCAAGUUCCUCGCCUCCAUCGCUGCUAUAUAUUUGUUGAUCUUGGAUCGGACGAACUGGAGGACAAACAUGUUGACUUCCCUUUUAGUUCCUUACAUUUUUCUAAGUCUUCCUUCAAGCUUGUUCUCUUUAUUAAGGGGUGAGUUUGGAAAGUGGAUUGCAUUCAUUGCCGUUGUGCUUCGACUCUUCUUUCCUCGACACUUCCCAGACUGGUUGGAGAUUCCCGGAUCGUUGAUUCUUCUUCUAGCCGUUGCUCCCGGCUUCUUUGCUGGAACAAUAAGGGAUGGUCCGGUCGGUGUGCUCAUCUGCCUGGCCAUUGGUUGUUACCUUCUCCAAGAGCACAUACGGGCAUCAGGCGGCUUCAGGAACUCUUUCACGCAGAGUCACGGCUUAUCAAAUACACUCGGUAUCGUUCUUCUAUUGGUCUACCCCAUCUGGCGCAUGGUGCUGCACUUUCUUUAAGAGAAGGAUAUCGGUAUUGUUUCAGCUACAAAUUAUUUGCUUUGUAAGACUCGAGAAACUCUGUUGGGUAGUGCUGGUAAUAUUGAGAUGGCAAUGCUGCAGUUAUUUGCCUU